UGUCUGAUCUCCAUUGUCCGCAGAGCAGGGUGUGUACCGGGGGGCCGCUGUGUGGGCUGGGUCGGUGUUUUUCUCUCAGCAGCAUCAGCAGCAUCAUCCUGCUGUAUCUUCUUCCAUCGCCUCCUUCCCGGAAAGAUGCUGUGGACUGAAAGGAAGCAGCGGAGGCGCUGAGAAGCGGCGCGCAUUGACUGAAACGGGGCGCGCCUCUCUGGUCCUGCUGCUGUCAUCGCUGGCGCACCUGCAUGGAAGUGACUCAGCUCGGAACGGCCUCCUAACCGGCUGAGGAUAUCAGUGACCGACGGCUGAAUGACAGAAAAGCAUGUCUGCAGGGAAACAGUGCGAGGCGGUCAGGGUGGUGGUCCGCUGCAGGCCGUUUAACAGGAGGGAGGAGACAGCAGGAUGUGAGAACAUCCUGGAGGUGGAUGACAAACUGGGGCAGAUCACCAUCAGGAACCCAAAGGCGCCACCUGAUGAGCCCAUGAAAGUCUUCACCUUUGACUCGGUGUAUGGCUGGAACUCAAAGCAAAGGGACAUUUAUGACGAUGCUGUGAGACCUUUGGUGGAGUCUGUGCUCCAUGGCUUUAAUGGCACCAUAUUUGCUUAUGGACAAACUGGGACAGGGAAAACACACACCAUGCAGGGGCAGUCAAAGGACCCGGAGAAGAGGGGCGUCAUCCCCAAUUCAUUCGAGCACAUUUUCACCCUGAUAUCCAGAAGCCAGAACCAGAAGUAUCUAGUGAGGUCUUCUUAUCUUGAGAUCUACCAGGAGGAGAUCAGAGAUCUUCUGUGCAAAGAUAACAACAAGAAGCUAGAGCUCAAAGAGAGUCCCGACUGCGGGAUUUACGUGAAAGACUUGUCCUCAGUGGUGACAAAGAAUGCCACUGAGAUCGAGCAUGUGAUGAACAUUGGAAACCAGUCCAGAUCUGUGGGAUUCACCAACAUGAACGAGCGCAGCUCCAGGUCCCACGCCAUUUUCCUGGUGACCGUAGAGUGCAGCGAAAGAGGUCCAGAUGGUGAGGACCACAUACGCGUUGGGAAGCUGAACAUGGUGGAUCUGGCUGGAAGCGAGCGGCAGAGCAAGACGGGUGCAAAGGGGAAGCGCCUGAAGGAGGCGGCUAAGAUCAACCUGUCCCUCUCUGCGUUGGGGAACGUCAUUUCAGCACUGGUGGACGGGAAGAGCACCCACGUCCCGUACAGAGACUCCAAGCUGACCCGCCUGCUGCAGGACUCUCUGGGCGGCAACGCUAAGACUGUCAUGAUUGCAACAGUGGGGCCAGCUCACAAGAACUUCGACGAAACCCUGGCAACCCUGAGGUACGCCAGCAGAGCCAAGAAGAUAAAGAACAAACCUCGGAUUAAUGAGGACCCCAAAGAUGCACUUCUUAGGGAAUUCCAGCAGGAGAUUGCACGCCUGAAAGCUCAGCUAGAGGAGCGAGGGAUACUGGCGAAAGAGAGGAGGAAGAGGAGGAGAGACAGUAAGAGACUGAGCAAAACCAUGGCUGGUAUGGAGGAGGAGAUCCUGUGCGAGAAGGAUGGAGAUGUAUGGAAGACGGCGGAGGAGGCAGAAGGUGGGAGGUGUUGCCUGAUUGAGGGAGGUGACAGUGCAAAUUUCCUGACCUGCCAGGGAAGCAGCGAAAAACUGAAGAACCUAAAUCUUAAUAGAAGGAGUCUGAUGGACAUGCAGUGGGAUCAAGAUGCCGUGGAGAAGAUCAUAGAGAAAUACAAGACUAUGGAGAGCAAACUGUUGGUUGGUGGAAAGACUAUAAUUGAUCACACUAAUGAGCAGCAGAAAAUGCUGGAGCAGAAAAGACAGGAAAUCGCUGAACAGAUAAGAAGAGAGAGAGAAAUCCAGCAGCAGAUGAUGUUACAAGAUGAGGAGACCUUAGAAAUCAAAGAGACGUUCUCCUCCCUGCAGCAGGAGGUGGAACAUAAGACAAAGAAGCUAAGGAGGUUGUAUGCUAAGCUCCAGCUGCUGAGGGGAGAGAUGAAAGAUGUCUUUGAUGAACAUGUCACAACCAGACAGGAACUUGAAGAAACGCAAGAAGAGCUAACCAGAGAGCUCAAGUACAAAUAUCUCCUGAUUGAGAAUUUUAUUCCUCCUGAGGAAAAGAACAAAAUUAUGAACCGGCUGCAGUUUGACAGUGAGGAGGAUCAGUGGUGGUUGCAACCAGUUAUUCCUUCAGACAGCACAUCCACUCUGGUCAAGAGAAGGCCUCUUUCCGCUGUGGGAUACAAGAGGCCAAUCAGCCAAUAUGCACAGAUGGCCGUUGCCACCGCUACCAGGACCCCGUUUAGAUACCAGGCAGAAAAUAUCAUGCUGUUGGAGUUGGAUAUGUCCCCGCCAACCAUGUUCACUCUGAACUUAAACGGUGAAUGCUUAGAGAGAGCCUUCACCCCCAGGCUGAUGCCGGAUCUAUCACUAAACGUGCACGCAAGAGGUGCUUCAUCCUUGCGGGUCAGGAAAUCCCAGUCCUGGUAUCAAGCACCGCACCCAGCAUCUGUCACAUCCUCCUCAUCCUCCACUAUUUUGACAUCAGAACUUCAGAGCUGCUCCCCCUCUCAGAGACAAAGACCAUCCUCUGCCACAUAUCUUUCUUUGGAAGGACCACAUCAGACGAGCCCCUGAUGGGUUUUCUGUUGCAAAGAGAUGUGGGGGAAAAAACGCAUCUAUUAAUUCAUUUUAAAAUACAUAAGAUUUCAUGAGAAAACAUCUUUUGAUCUGGAUGAUAACUAAAAGUGGUAUUAAUUAAUUUGAAACAUUCUGCAUUCUCUCUCUCUUUUAGAUUUGUUUUAGUUGAUUAAGUUUUAUUUAUGUAGCACCUCUUACAGUUAUGGUAAAAAUGUAAGUGCUUUUAUGCUAAACUUAUCUCAGCUCGACAAGAUCUCUUUGCUUUGCAUUUUUGGUCUAAACUAACUUUUUUGUUUAAACAGACUUUUUCUAAGUCUGAAAUAAUGCAGUUAAUUGCAGGAUAUCUUAGAAUUAUCUUAUAAAUUAUCUUUCAAAUUAGACCUGACAGGGUUAUGUCUUUCAACACAUUGAUUGUUUAGAAAGAUUUUCCAUAAUCUCCAAAUAAUACUCGAU